AUUCCUAGAAGGAUGUAUUAGCUUAUAGACCUAUGAGGCUGAACUCGAAUAUCAGAUUGGUCAGAAGCACGACUGCAAAGGAUCAUAGCAGAGCGUACUGAAAGCUGAAGAUAUUUUGUCGAACAAUAAAAACUUACAAGAUGUGGAAAAAGCAAUCAAAGGUGACAGACCAGACAGCCAAUGGCCAAGUGGGGAUCAAAAAAAAAUCUAAAGUCCCUGGGGUUAUGAUAACACAGUAUGUGGAGGAAUUACCAGAAGGAAAAAGCACGCCAGACUUCACCCGCAAACCCAUUGCUUUGACUAUCCAACAAGGUAAAUUUGCCUUCUUUAAAGCCAUGGUUGUUGGAGAUCCCGAACCAACCGUAACAUGGUCCAGAAACAAUGGAGAUGUGUCAGAUACAUUGAAAUAUGUAAGGAAAUAUGACCCAGUUACACAAGAGCACCUUUUUGAGAUGGCUAAUGUACAACCAGAACAGGCGGACAUGUACAAAUGCUGUGCAGCUAAUGUGUUUGGAAGAGCAGUGGUUACAGUGAUUCUCAAUGUUAUUGAAGUUGGAUUUAAAAAACAGAAAGCAGAAGCAUACACUCAGGAGGGGUCUGUGGGAAAUUUUAAAUCUGUACUGAAGAGGAAAAGUCAAAUUCGUCCGAAAACUGAAGCUAAGAAAGAAGAUGGGGAAAUAGAUCCCAAAUUUUGGGAACUCUUGUUAAGUGCAGACAAGAAAGACUAUGAGAGCAUCUGUGCAGAGUUUGGAGUCACUGACUUCCGUUUUGUGUUGAAGGAACUCUGUGAGAGGAAGAAAGAACGGGAGUAUGAACAAGCACAGUUUAUUAGAAAUCUUUCUAACCUGAAACCUAUUGAAAUGGGACCCGAUGGUUGCGCAACUUUUACAAUUGACAUGGAUCUUAUUGAACCAAGCAGCAGGAUUUUUAUUUACAAGGACGGAGAGAUGAUUCCAUACACCAAGGAGUUGGGAGAUUCCAUGAAACACAGCCUUAAGAUUGUGGGCAGAACAUAUCAGUUCAGUAUUAGGGAUCUUUUUCCUGACGAUGCUGGGCUUUAUCAAUUGGAUGUUGAGGAUGUAAAUAUAUUCUCCACCGAAUUUAAGAUUCCCAUGGUGGACUUCCUUGUCAAGAUUCAGGAGUGUCAGGCCAUGGAGAGAGAGGAUGCUAUCUUUGAGUGUGUCCUGUCACAACCCUUCAGGAAGAUUAUGUGGGUGGGCAAGAACCUGCCACUGGAGGCAGGGGACAAAUAUGAUAUUGAGGUUUCAGAGGACAAGCUUAUCCACAGACUAAUCAUCAAAGAUGUUGCUAUGGUGGACAAAGGAAUCUAUGCUGCUGUGGCUGGAAUCAAAUCUUGCAAUGCCUUUCUUGUGGUUGAAGCCGACAAGGGUGAACCAGGCAAAAAGAAACAACGUAAGACCACAAGGGCAGGAGGUGCAAGGGUUGAUCUUGAGAUGAUUGCCCAAGAACAAGUGGUUAAAAACAAGGCAGACAGAGAGGUGCACAUGGAGAAGGUGAAAGCAAUCGCAGCUGAGAAAACAGCUAAUCCCCCUGCAGCGAUUGAGCCUGGAGCUAAAGCUCAGUUCGAAGAGACUCCCAAAAAAGUAGGAUCUCCAAAACUGGGACCGGUAUUUAUAGGUUCUGACCCAAAGGUUCUGGAUAAUGUGGGUGAUGUAAAAGGACCUGGAGAAGGGGAUGGAGGCAGUGCUACCAGUGGUGAUGUAAAUGGACGUGGAGAAGGGGAUGGAGGCAGUGCUACCAGUGAAUGCAGCAUUAACAGUGGACUGUCAGAUCUCUUUGCUACCCGUGGCAAGAAAGCAGAACUGCUUUGUAAGAUGAGCCGUGAAGUUGAUGGUGUGUGGUUCAAGGAUGGGGGGAAGUUAUCCACCUCAGAUAGGCUAUCUAUUGUCAAAGACGGAACCAGUCACAAGUUGAUCAUUCAUAACUGCAGAGAUGACGACGCUGGGGGAUAUCACUUUGAAGCUGAAGGUUUUAAAUCAGAGGCAAAGAUCACUGUGGGAGAUAUAGCUAACUUUGAUGCUGAUGACCUUCACAAGUUCUCUAAGCCUGUGACAGUAAAAGCAGGUCAGAAUGCAUCCUGGAAAAUGUCUUAUACACCCCAGGACAACUUGAAGGUGAAAUGGUUUAAAGAGGGCAAAGAGCUUAUGGAUGGUGGAGGGGUCAAGUUGGUGAAGGAGGCCAACCACAGCCGGCUGUUGCUCCGGGAAUGUCUGCGUUCUGAUGUUGGACAGAUUAAGAUUCAACUUACAAACCCAUACGGCACUAUUGAGGCCACAUCGCGACUCAAUGUCCUUGACAAGCCUGGCCCACCAGAAGGCCCGGUGAAAAUCUUGGAGACCACCUCCACUUUGAUUGAGCUGCAGUGGGGUGCUCCCAUGGAUGACGGAGGAAGCCCGGUGACAAACUACAUCAUUGAGCGCCAGCAGGUGGGACAGACCAUUUGGAAAGAGAUUGGGAAUGUCACAGCUGACAAAACCACCUAUAGGGACAGGAAUGUCGUUCAUGGCAAGUUGUACAUCUACAAGAUCUACGCAGUGAACCCAGAGGGGACCAGUGAUGCACUGCAGACAAAGAAAACAAUGGCUGGUGUAAUGAUAUUUGCUAGCCCACCGGAAGCUCCCAAAGUGCUAGGAGUAUCAAAGAACAGCAUCAACCUGAGAUGGGGGCCUCCAGAGGACGAUGGAGGGCUUAAGAUUGAUGGCUAUCAACUGGAGAAGCGCAAGAAGGAUACAUCUCAGUGGAUCGCCUUGAACCCAGUCACUGAGCCUAUUAAAGCCCUGGUGUAUACAGUGAAAGAUGUGGUUGAGGGGGCUGAGUAUGAAUUCAGGAUAUCGGCAAUCAAUGUUUCUGGGGCUGGAGAGUUCAGUCUCCCCUCUGAGAUGGUGUGUGCAAAGAAUCCCAAUAUUAAGCCUACAUUCAAAGACACAGAGGACUUCAUGAUGAUCAGGGCAGGAAAUUCUGUGAGAAUCAAAGUUCUCUAUGAGGCUGUGCCACCACCGGAAAUAAGUUGGAUGAAGGAUGAAAUGCCUGUAUCAAGUUUUAUACAGAUCACCAACACAGAGGGCUGUUCCCAGCUUGUGAUCCCCUCUUCAAAACGCACUGAUUCAGGAAUCUACACUAUUAUGGCUAAGAAUAAAGUUGGGGAGGCAAGCUUUGAUAUUGAGGUGUUAGUCACAGAUGAACCAAAUUCACCGGGUGAAGUGGCGCUGGAGCAGAUUGUCCACGGCAAAGUCAUUGUGUCUUGGGAGGCCUCUCCAGACCAGAAGCUAGACAACAGGCUGCAUUACAUGGUGGCCGAACAUAACUCUGAGACACGUAUAUGGCACACUGUGGCAGACCGCAUCUUUAGCAACUCAUUCACAGCCCAUAACAUCCUGACAGGAAGGGAGUACCACUAUAAAAUCUAUGCAAAGAAUGACAUGGGCAUUUCAGAUCCCUCAAUGUCUCCUACUUGGGGUGCCAACAGCAACAAAAUGUCAACAGACACAAAUGCUCCAGUGGCAGUCAGCUUUGAGAGGCCACCAUCUGUCCUGGUCCCUCUGAAGGUGCACUCACCACCAAAGGGCUACCAGUUGUACAUGACCUGUGCCAUCCGGGGAUGCCCUGCUCCAACCGUCACAUGGCACCUGAAUGAUGUCUGCAUCAACGGUGACAACAACUACUACAUCACCAACUCAUAUGGUGUGUGCUCAAUAUACAUCCUUAGAGUACAGCCCAAGGAUGCCGGAGAAUACAAAGUAGUGGCAGUUAACUCAUUUGGCAAGGCAGAGUGCUCCACUACACUUGUUGUUAAAGACUAAAUCACAUCGAUGAAUACAUUGAUGGUUAUUUUCUGCUCUACUUGAUUCUGUGCAGAAAAAUCUACUUGUUAAAGUAUUUGUAGACCAUGUUUUUAGAGUUUCGGUACAGUCAUGUAUCAUUGAUAUGAUUAGAAAUUGUGAGACAUAGCCUUUUUGUUUUGUUUGCAGCUUUAGGCAUCUGCACCAAUUCUCAAUUGAUUUAAUUUUUUAUCUAAAAUUAUAAUUAAAUUAAUUUGAAACCAUUGAAUUGAAAACCAUUGAAAACAGCUUUAGUUCAUUUUAAAAAAGCCAUGAAAAAGCUUGCUUCAUCAACAUGGCACCACCAUCCCUGAGAGAAGCUGAAAAGUUCUGGAACCUUCCAGUGUCAGCUAGCAGAGUCAGCGCGCCCACGUGCACCCCACUGGGACCUCCUCUGGGGAGUUAUGAAGAGGCUCCCCAGCAGCUGCUGAGUGGGUCGGUUUGGAAAAGUCAAACAAGACACAGCAUGCCAUGUUGCCCUCAAUGCCACUCUACUACAUCAGUAAGGGAGUAAGACAACUACUACAGCUACUAUGUGGCUGCCACCCCUUGAGAGUGGUAAAUCUUUUAGUUUAGCUGUUUCCCUUACCAUCUCCUCUACUCCCUUCACUUAAUUUAAUAAAAUGCCCUUUCAAUCAAUUGAAUUUAUUUAGAAAGCCCUGUUUUACCUGAAUAGUCACAAAGUGAUUUUACAGAACAGUCAGCCUGAAACCCCAAAGAGCAAGCAACAACAGUGUUGAUUUACAGUGGCUAGGAAAAACUCCACUGUCAGUUCCUGUGUCCUUCCCUGUUACAGUACUUUUGAAAAUUAAAAUCAAUAGA